CCCGUUCCUCGACUGUAUUUUGAUCAUGGAUCUGUGUUCUUGGGAAGCCACUGGGCUGCCUUAGUGGCUGCCAAGUCCCAGCUUUUACCGGCUCAGGUAUCAUCUCCGGCAGGGGCACAGCCCCAGCAAGGCCAGCACGAGUGAUGAGCAUCUGGUGGGUGUUGGUGGUGGCCGGCAUUGGCACAGAGCCACUGCUGGGCCAGGAGAGCUGCGGGCAGGGCCAACCUGGCAUCCCCGGGAGUCCUGGCCACAAUGGCUUGCCUGGAAGAGACGGGCGAGAUGGAGUGAAGGGAGACAAAGGGGAUACAGGUGACAUUGGACCCCGGGGCAGGCCGGGAGCGGAUGGGACGGCUGGACAGAAAGGAGAGCCAGGAGCUGCCGGGAAGGUUGAAGAGAAGGGCAACAAAGGGGAACCGGGCCAGAGAGGAUGGCCGGGGAAGUUCGGCCCCAAGGGACUCGUGGGGCCGGUGGGCAACAGGGGUCAGAAGGGGGAGCUUGGGCUGCAGGGCCACAAGGGGGUCAAGGGUGACGUGGGGCCCGUGGGGCCCUCGGGGGCCCGGGGGGAGGCAGGCCCCCGGGGGGACGUGGGCCCGCAGGGGCCCGUGGGGCCUGUGGGUCCCCCGGGCCCCAGAGGGGGUGAAGGCCCCCCGGGCCCUCCCGGCGGCCAGGGGCUCCAAGGUGUGCGGGGCUGGAAAGGUGAGCGGGGGGAGAAGGGGCGGGUGGGCGAUGCCCCUGAGCUGAUGAAAAGCGCCUUCACCGUGGGGCUGACCGUGGCCACCAAGUUCCCCCCUUCCAACGUGCCGGUCAGGUUCGACAGGGUCCUGUACAACGGGCUAAACGACUACAACCCGACCACCGGGAAAUUCACCUGCACCUUCCCCGGCGUGUACUACUUCACGUACCACAUCACCGUGUACUCACGGAACGUGAACGUGUCCCUGGUGCGGAACGGGGUCAGCGUGCUGCACACCAAGGACAGCUACCAGGGCUCCGAAGACCAGGCCUCCGGCGGGACCGUCCUGGAGCUCAAGGCCGGGGACCAGGUGUGGGUGCAGGUGGCCGGGGGGGAGACCUUUAACGGCCUGUUUGCAGACCCCGACGACGACACCACAUUCACAGGAUUCCUCCUGUUCAGCUAUUGAUGCUGCGGACCCUCCCGCGCCCAUGGGGCCGCCUCCCGGCUGACGUAUCCACCCGGAACGGGGGAUCCGUGGCUCGGCGACCCCGGCUUCCACGGAAAAUCGGGGCUGAGGGGAAGAAAGGGGCUUUGAAAACAACCGAAAUGAUACCUGACUUCUGUCGGACUGGGUGAGAUUCCAGGAGGUUGUGGCGAAUGACGACGACAAAAAACUUUCGGGAAGCUUUUAGGCUAAAGCGUGCAGGAAACUAUUGUGCUUCGCUUGCUUCUCCGGCAUUUCUGUGACCCUUUUCGGUGGUCAGUAGCCCCUCCUGGGGAGCCAAUUUAAAAUGAGGAACAUCAGUUUCUAAGUGAGUUUUACCGAGUUGCAUUUGGUUCCCUUCAUAACCCUGAUGACUCACGGAUAGCAGGGUUGCUGGGCAAUUCUGUCGGAUUGAUCGAAAACCAAAUUCCUGGUAGAGCUGCAUUCUGGCAUAGCUCGGUCACAUCGGCAGUAUGGUCACUCUCUUCCCCUCUUCUCCGACCAUUUUUUUUUCCAAGUCGUGCUCUGAAAAAUCACGUUAUGACAGGAGUGCAGAACAGUCUUGCAUAGCUCUUGCCCCAGACUCAGUAGGUCCCUGCCACACACCCUGGAGAUUGACCUUGGCGGUCCCAUGCCUCUGGUCACGUGGCGUAUAUCAUUGCAGUUGACUCCUGCACGCACGGAAAGGCUAGCCAGCCGAUAUGGUCUCAGAAUGAUGGAUUAUUCCACUCUUGGUUUGAUCGUCCUGGGUCAUCUCAAGAUUAUAGUUGAAAUUUUCAUCAGUGGCACAAACUCUUCCAGUUUAUUUCAGAAAUCUCUUCUAUAUCCACUUCAGAGAGUCUCUUCACAAAUGCCUGUCUCCUGCUGGGCAGUUCCACUCUCCAGCGAAGGUUGAACUGGGGAGUCCUCUCACGCGUGAGGGUUAGUCACAGGACCGUUGGGAGAGGAUUGGACUAUUGGUGACAGUUUUGGAGGGUAAUGGCAGUCCUCUAGGCUGUAACCUCACUGUGGGCAGGGAAUGUGUCCAUUUAUUGUUGUAUCGUACUCUCCGACGGGCUU